CUGCCAAAAACUUCAAAGCAAAGCUGUCAAAAGUCAAAACAUCGCGGUCUGCUUGUUUUGAUUUUGUAUUUUGGUUCCAAUAUAAUGUAAAUACUAAAAUCUGAUCAACGGUCAAUAUUCUAAUCAAUUUCUUUGUAAAAUGCGCUUAAAUCAGAUUAUUUGAAAUGCAAUCUAUAAGCAAAAUAAGUGAAACUUCUACACCAAAACGCCGGCGACUUGGUACUGGGAGGAUUUUAUCUACAAACUUAAGGAAAACUACGAAGAAUAGAGAUCUACUCAAAGACUGCAGUCCAAUUAGUGCUAAAUAUAUUGGAAGUGGGUCAAAUACGCCAGAAAGAUGUGACUCUCCACUUUUACCGUGCAAUCAAGUAGAAUUUCGGAGCAUCUGUGAUUCUGAUAUUGAUAGUUCUCCUUGCAAUAUACCAUUCUCCCCAGAUGUAUUUAAACAUCCAGAGCCAUGUGAAGAAUUACAAUCUUCUAUGAAAAACGAAUGGGAAUCGUUAAACGUAUGUACUGGUAAAAUUAAUGAAAUCUAUGAAAUAAGUGAUGGUCCUACAAAAAAUCAAGCAAAUCCUAUAGAAAUUGAAGACAUUUCAGAUGACAUGUUUCAUUCGAAAUUAGAACAAUCCGGCCUGAAUCAUGUAGAUAAGAGUUUUAAAAAUGAUAUAGAAGAGAGCUUUGACAUAGUAAAUCAAUCAAUUAGCAACCUUGAUGAAGUUAUAAGGAAUAAGAGUUCCUUAUUCGAAACAAGAGAUUCAUUUCUACUGGACAUCAAAGAUGAUGCUAUAGAUAAAAUAGUGCAUAAUCACCAGAAUACACAUGAUUCCAAAAAGAAAAGUAAAACAGAAGUUAACCCAGCUAAUACUUUUUACGGACUGCCGAUGAUUGCUAAAGGCUUGUUUAAAACCUAUAGGAAUAUUGAAAAGUUUUAUGAAUGGCAAGAAGAAUGCUUAAGUUUGGAUUCGGUGCGAGAGAGGCGGAACUUGAUCUAUGCUCUCCCAACCAGCGGAGGCAAGACCCUGGUGGCUGAAGUGCUGAUGCUGAGGGAAGUUCUCAAUAGAAAGAAGAAUGCACUGUUCAUACUGCCUUUUGUGGCUAUCGUGCAGGAAAAGAUCUGGGCACUAUCAACAUUUGCAGUUCAACUAGACUUCCUAGUAGAAGAGUAUGCAGGAGGCAAAGGUCAUAUACCGCCAAAGAAGCGACGGAAGAAGAACAGUAUUUAUAUUGCCACCAUCGAGAAAGGACUGGCUUUGGUCAGAAGCCUGAUCGAGCUUAACCGACUUAACGAAAUUGGAUUAAUUGUGGUUGAUGAAUUACAUUUAAUUGGCGAGAAAGGUCGUGGUGGUACACUUGAAACAUUGUUAACUACUGUCAUAUUUACCAAUCAAGACAUACAGAUCGUGGGCAUGAGUGCCACAAUAGGCAACAUCCCGGAACUGGCGCGGUUCCUCCGCGCGGACGUGUUCACGCGUCAGUUUCGUCCGGUGGAACUGACGGAGUACGUCAAACUAGGGGAUGUGCUGCACAAGAUCGUUUGGGGGCCCACGGGGGUCGAGGUGGUGCCUGAUAGAGAGCUCAGCUAUGACUAUUCAGCAGCAGCAACGGCACUAGAUCCUGAUCUCCUGGGCGGGCUGGUGUCGGAGGUGGUGCCUAAAGGCAGCUGUCUGGUCUUCUGUUCCACCAAGAGGAACUGCGAGAACGUCACCGCUUUGCUGUGCAAGCUGCAGAGACGUGAAAUGAUAGCGCAUAAGAAAGCGGAGCGACAAGCGCUUGAAACCGCUCUCAGAGCGGAGGGAGCGAAUGCUGAGCUCGCGGCUGCUGUGCGGUACGGGAUUGCCUACCAUCAUGCUGGACUCGCCAGUGAUGAGAGAAUACUGCUGGAACAGGCUUAUAGGUCAGGAGCCAUAUCAGUGUUAUGUUGCACGUCAACCCUCGCAGCCGGGGUGAACCUGCCGGCACAGCGCGUCAUCAUCCGCGCACCACUAGUGGGGCGGGAGUUCAUCUCGCUCGGCGCCUACCGGCAGAUGGCGGGCCGCGCCGGGCGCAAGGGGGUUUGUGAUACUGGGGAAAGCAUUAUAAUCUGCGAGUCUCGCAACUGGGAGCGCUUACAGUCGGUCCUCCGCGGCGGCGUGUCGCCCGCGCGGAGCGUCCUGAGGCCAGCCGCGGCGGCGCUGGCGCUCAGCGCGGUGGCGCUAGAGCUAGCGAUUACGCGGCCUAAGCUGCAUGCCCUCAUGGGCUGUACGCUGCUGGCCGUCACUGGGGAUGAAGAUGCCAACCCAGUGGACAUGAAAGCGGUUUGCGACGAUUCCAUCCGCACUCUCCUGCAGUCGGGUGCGCUGGAAGUGGCGAACAAGACGGCCGGGAGCAAAGACGCCUCACACUUAAGUCAACAAGAUUGUUACGUGUACAACGAUAGCGAACUCACUGUCAGCAAGCUGGGGAAUGCUGCUAUAAAAGGCUGUAUGGACCUGUCCACCGCUAAACAGCUGCUAUCAGACCUGGAGCGAGCAGCCAGGAGUCUGGUGCUGAUGGGCAGCCUACACCUGCUGUACCUGGUGACGCCGCACGACGCUGCCGGCGUUAGGCCUGAUUACUCGCAUUAUUAUUCUUUGUACUGCAACUUAGACGAAGAAGGCAUACAAACGGCUAAAAUCCUAGGCAUAACUGAACACAACGCAGUACGAAUGAUGACCGGCAAGCCCAUACAGAAUGUGUCAGAGAUUGUGCUGGGCCGCUUCUAUCUAGCGCUCAUGUUGCACGAUCUGUGGAAGCAAGUGCCGUUCCCUGCUGUCGCCUACAAAUACAGUCUAUCCCGCGGCACAGUACAAUCAGUAAUGUCAUCGUCAGCAGCCUUCGCGUCCUGUGCACAGAAGUUCUGCGAAGAGAUGGAACACCUGUGGAUGUUCAGAGCAUUGCUCGGGGAACUGGCUUCCCGGCUGCAGCAUUGUGCAGCACCUGAACUGCACCAGCUCAUGGAACUGCCAUCUGUUAAGAAGGCCCGUGCGAUGCAGCUACUGCGGGCAGGUUACAAGCGCAUAGAAGACGUGGCGAAGGCUUCAGUGGACGACUUGAUGUCGGCCGUGUCGCAUCUGUCGCGGACUGCUGCCAGCCAACUCAUCAGCUCUGCUAGGAUGACACUCAUAGAAAAAGUGGAAAAUUUACGAGCCGAGGCUGAGGAUGUCAUGGAAGAACUUAAUGUGUAAAUAUGUUACCAGAAGAUUAGAUCAGAACUAAGGCUGGCCGUUCACGUCACUUUUUGUAAGACAGGUAUAUGGACCGAUUUUUGAACGACAUUCUAACAGGAUGUUCUGACC